AUGAAAAGUAUUAAAAAUAACCGUACAUUUAAUAAAAUGAAUAUAUUUAUUUUAUUUAUAAAUAUAUUGGUUAUUGGUCUUUUCUGUGUUUCCGUAGACUUUUUUAAUAAUUCUUGUUUUUGUAUAUCCGUUAAUGAAAAUGUAAAAUUGGCUAACUCACUUAGUCAUAGGCUAAGUAGGUCAUUAGCACUACGUUCUCAUAAUGAAGUUGGUCAACCUGUGUUUAAUGUUUUAAAUGUAAAUUUAAAUACAGAAAUUAAGAAAAAGGAUAUGAUAACUGAAGUUGAGACAGAAUUUGAAGUAUUAGAAGUAUGUGCAGAAGAAGAAGAUGGUGAAAAUGAAGUAAGAAUAACAAUGAAAACUAAUUUAAAACCAGAUUUGAUUAAAUUACGUGCUUUAAAUGAAGAAGUAACAUUAAAAAAAUGGAAUUUUAUUAUGCACGAUUUAGCUAAAACUGAAUAUAAAAAACAAAAAGACAAAUUGAAUAAAAAACCAGUAGUUAGAAGAAUUGCAGAAGGUUUAGGUUACACUUUUGUAUUUACAUUAGGAGCACCUGUACUUUUAGGUGCUGCAUUUGUAGGAGGUUGUAAAUGGAUCUUCCUAUCUAAAGAUUCUGGCAAAUCAUUUUUUAGAUCUUUGAAAAAAAUCCUUUUCUAA